AUGGCUGAUGGAUGUUACCCGUUACUUCUUUCCGCUUCUACAGAAUUGAAGCCAACGGAUCCUGAUAUUCAUGAGCCUAUUGAUAAGCCGUAUGGUCUUAUUUCCGAGGCCACACCAGAAUUGGAAGCGAGAAAACCCGUGUCCGGAAAACCCGCGUCCGGAAAACCCGUGUCCGGCAAACCCGUGUCCGGCAAACCCGUAUCCGGAAAACCCGUGUCCGGAAAACCCUUAUCCGAAAAACCCGUGUCCGGAAAACCCUUAUCCGGAAAACCCGUGUCCGGAAAACCCUUAUCCGGAAAACCCGUGUCCGGAAAACCCUUAUCCGGAAAACCCGUCUCCGGAUAA